AUGAGCGAUGAUCACAGCAACGUGAUAUUAAACAAAAAGAAUCAAAAACAACCUGCAUCUUUAUCACUCCGGUCUUCUUCAUUUGCAUAUACAGGCCAAUUUCAAUGGCAGUGGUUGCCAUACAUGUAUUCUGCUCCUUUCCGACCUUUUCCCAUCACUCCAGUGUUGCAUCCCUUGCCUUUGCAAAUUCACAGUAAGAAGUUGCAUUGUCAUUGCCAGAUUGAUCUCGACACAAUUGUUCGUGCCGAAGAUAGAAGGACUACUUUGAUCAUUAAAAAUAUUCCUAACAAGUACAUUUCAAAGAUGAUGCUUUAUGAAAUUGAGGAGAAUCACCGAGGGACUUAUGAUUUCCUUUACUUGCCAAUUGACUAUAAAAAUAAUGGUAAUUUGGGUUAUGCUAUCAUCAAUAUGCUCUCUCAUUUACACAUUCUCCCCUUUUAUAAGACUUUUCAUGGGAAGAAAUGGGACACAUAUUUUGGCGAACAAGUUAUUUCACUUGAAUAUGCAUGGAUUCAAGGAAAGGACACACUCCUGACACAUUUUCAGAACUCAGGCUGCAUUUGUGAAUUGUGCUUCAGUCGCCAUUGGCCAAUCCUCUUUCAUUAA